GGAGAGAGAGGGAGAGAGAGAGAAAAGGAGGGAGGAGAGAGAAAAAGAGGGAGGGCGAGGGAAAAGGAGAGAGACGUCGGAGGGGAGGAGGGAGAGACGACUCAGAAAGUGGAAUCUGCACAAGCAACCUAAAGGGGGAGGAGAAGAAAAACCCUUGAAUCCUUAUAACUAAACCCCAGAUGCAACGCAAGCAACGACUUCGUCACACUAGAAUAGAUUCUGUGAGGGCCAAAAUUAUAAAUUACGAAGCAGAAAUGAAUAUCAAACAACUUCCAGCGGUUUGCACCUAGAGAAAGACAAGAAGCAACCACUGCAAACAAACAAACCCAGUCCAAACAACGCCUCCAGUAGGAAAAGAGGAAAACCGCUACAACACGACCCCCUGAGAAGAGAGCAGACCGUCAAGCUGAGAGCGCGGGGCGUCUGCAAACCUCCAAGUGUGCCUCGGACAGAGCUGCACGUCGCUGCUCUCAGGACCUUAAUUACGGCCUUCACCUUCCAUUUGGGGGAGGGUGAGGAGAAAGGCACUCACCUACGCUGAGUGAAGAAGUCGUACCAGCGUGGGAGAGAAGUUUAAGAAUGAAACACUGAAUGUUUCGCUUUUAUUUUUAAAUUUACUUUGGCACUUAAAAGACCUCAUUUCCAGAUUUCUGGGCCAUCUCGGCUGUAGACAUCUAAGCCUAACCUCUUGGUAACCUGAAUUUUUCUCUCGGCCCCUCUCCUCCCCCCUCCCCUUCAUCUCUCUCACAGCACAUCUUUAUUUUACAUAUCAAGCAAAAAGGUCCCAGCAGGUACUUUUCUUCUUCAAAGAUUGCCAUUCCCCCUUAUUUCGGGAAAAGAAAAAAGGUUUCUAAAGAGGGGAAAGAAAAAGCAAGGCGGCUGUCGCAGCAGCCGGUCAGUCCAGGUGGAAAACAAGAGUGAAAGUGGGGCUCAGGGGAAGCGCGACGCCUCUUUCGCCAGCCGCAGGGCCACCACCACUGCGUGAGCCUUGGAUCCCUCAACGUACUGCGAGACGCCGGUGUACAGCCCGGACCUGUGCCCCAACAUGAUCGCCGCUCAGGCCAAGCUGGUUUACCAGCUCAAUAAAUACUACACCGAGCGCUGCCAAGCACGCAAGGCGGCCAUCGCCAAGACCAUCCGAGAGGUCUGUAAGGUGGUCUCGGACGUGCUCAAGGAAGUGGAGGUACAGGAGCCUCGCUUCAUCAGCUCCCUGAGCGAGAUCGAUGCCCGCUACGAGGGGCUGGAGGUCAUCUCGCCCACAGAAUUCGAGGUGGUGCUCUACCUAAACCAGAUGGGCGUCUUCAACUUCGUGGACGACGGCUCCCUGCCCGGCUGCGCAGUGCUCAAACUGAGUGAUGGGCGGAAGCGGAGCAUGUCUCUCUGGGUCGAGUUCAUCACAGCGUCCGGCUACCUCUCGGCGCGUAAGAUCCGCUCACGCUUCCAGACCCUGGUGGCUCAGGCGGUGGACAAGUGCAGCUACCGGGAUGUGGUCAAGAUGAUCGCAGACACCAGCGAGGUCAAGUUGCGCAUCAGGGAGCGCUACGUGGUGCAGAUCACUCCCGCGUUCAAGUGCACCGGUAUCUGGCCUCGCAGCGCGGCACAGUGGCCUAUGCCCCACAUCCCCUGGCCUGGCCCCAAUCGGGUGGCGGAGGUCAAGGCCGAAGGGUUCAACUUGCUGUCCAAGGAGUGCUACUCCCUGACCGGCAAGCAGAGCUCUGCGGAGAGCGAUGCCUGGGUGCUACAGUUCGGGGAGGCGGAGAACCGCCUGCUGAUGGGCGGCUGCCGAAACAAGUGUCUGUCGGUGCUGAAGACGCUGCGGGACCGCCACCUGGAGCUGCCAGGCCAGCCGCUCAAUAACUACCACAUGAAGACGCUGCUGCUGUACGAGUGCGAGAAACACCCGCGGGAGACGGACUGGGACGAGGCGUGCCUAGGCGAUCGGCUCAACGGCAUCCUGCUGCAGCUCAUCUCCUGCCUGCAGUGCCGCCGCUGCCCUCACUACUUUCUGCCCAACCUCGACCUCUUCCAGGGCAAGCCCCAUUCGGCCCUGGAGAGCGCUGCCAAGCAGACCUGGAGGUUGGCCAGGGAAAUUCUCACCAAUCCCAAAAGCCUGGACAAACUAUAGGGUGCUGGGGACUGCUUGAAAAGCGACACAGACCGGAAUGCUCUCUAACACACAACACACACAACUCAGCGACCAACAGCAGAAACUCCGGACACAAACUUUUAUGUAAGCCACCUGAAAGAAACAGGAAGCAGGCACAAGACCUUCGUUAAUUAACAAGCAAACAAAAAGAGAGCAGACCAACCAACCAAAAUAAAUCACAUUCUUGCACAAAAGUGAUCGUUUUUCUUCCAAACAAUGUGAAUUUAAAAGGUCACACAAAAGAAGCAAUCGGGCUUUGCCACCACAAAAUGAAACCCAAGGUACAUUUUCAAAUCAAUGUAUAGUAGUUUCUCCUCUUUUCCUUCGCUCCCUUUCUCCUUUCUCCUCUCUCAUCUUCUUUCUUUCCCUCUCCCUCUCCCUCUCAUUUCAUUUUGUUUUGGGUUGCCUGAAUGUUGUCACCAAGUGAGAAAAAGUAUUUAAUUAUAUGUAAAAUUUCUCUUUUAAAAAAAGUUUUGCUGAUGUUAAAUGUAUCUCAGUGCCAAUGUCAGAUUGUGCCCCUCCCUUUCUUGCACCUCUACCCUCACCCUAAGCAGUCUUGUUGAAAACAGUAAUAAAAAUAUUACUUUACAUUGUAA